AUGAAAAUGACCAUUGAAGUCCCAAGCUCCCGUAUUGUUAUUAUUGAGGGCAUCUAUGCUUUGAGUGAAAGGUUGCGACCUUUACUGGAUCUUCGUGUAUCUGUUACUGGGGGGGUUCAUUUUGACCUUGUCAAACGAGUUUUACGGGACAUACAACGUGCUGGCCAAGAACCAGAAGAAAUAAUCCAUCAAAUAUCUGAAACGGUGUAUCCAAUGUACAAGGCCUACAUUGAGCCAGAUCUCCAAACAGCUCAUAUAAAAAUAGUAAACAAGUUCAAUCCUUUCACUGGAUUCCAGAGUCCCACUUAUAUUUUAAAGUCAGCGAAGAAUUUGUCAGUGGAUCACAUUAAGUCUGUUGUUUCUGAAGAACAUACAGAAACAGAAGAGCAGACAUAUGACAUAUAUCUACUACCUCCUGGUGAAGAUCCAGAAUCUUGCCAAUCAUAUUUGAGGAUGCGGAACAAAGAUGGAAAAUACAGUCUCAUGUUUGAGGAAUGGGUGACAGAUAUCCCAUUCGUCAUAUCGCCACGGAUUACUUUUGAAGUCAGUGUGCGUCUUCUUGGUGGGCUUAUGGCCUUGGGAUACACGAUAGCAACCAUCCUUAAAAGAAGCAGCCAUGUGUUCUCUGAUAAUAGGGGAGUGUGUGUGAAAAUUGAUUGGCUAGAGCAACUUAGUCGCCAAUAUAUUCAGGUGCAAGGGAAAGAUCGGUUAAUUGUAAAAUAUGUUGCAGAGCAGCUGGGUUUAGAAGGCUCAUACAUUCCUCGCACCUAUAUAGAACAAAUUCAACUGGAAAAGCUUGUAAAUGAAGUUAUGGCCUUGCCAGAAGAUUUAAAGUCGAAGCUCAGCCUAGAUGAGGAUCUUGUUUCAACCCCCAAAGAAGCUCUUUCACGGGCCUCUGCUGAUAGGGUUGCCAUGAGAAAUAAGAAUCUCCAAAGUGGUAUGUCACGGUCGUAUUCAACACAAAGGGAUAAGGCUCUGUCGAAGCUUAUGAGCUUAUCUAUAAAUAAACAGAGGUUUGAUGAUAGAAGUGGGGAGUCACAGACAACGCUAGCGAAUCAGGGAGUCAUCACUCAGCUUUCAGAACAGAUCUCCUCACUAAAUGACAGAAUGGAUGAGUUUACAACUCGUAUUGAGGAGUUGAAUGCCAAUUUAACAAUCAAGACAAAUUCUACCAGCCAACAAAAUAUGGCUCUCCAGACUGAAGUGUGCAAUGGCUCUGCUCCCACAAAUUACUUCAUUUCAGGUUUAGGAAACGGUUCCUUGACUGGUUCUAGAAUGCCUAAUUCCUCAUCAUCCUCCCAGUUGGCUAAGGAGUCGCCUUUAAUGGAAGAGAUAUCAGGUAUUGCACGGGCACAACGUCAAGUCAUGCAUCAGUUGGAUAGUCUCAGCAAUCUUCUUCGCGAGAGCAUGGGGGAGAGAUCUCGCCAAGUAAAGAAAACUGAAAGAAGUAUAACUGCUGAUGUUGAACCCAUCAAAGUUCGUCUUAUUUUAAGUUUGGCAAUUGGUGGUUUAGGAAUCUUGUUGUUUAAGGGCUAUCUAACCCGAAAUUGAUUGAGUUGUGAAUAUUAGUUCACCUUUUUAAGCAAAAAGUGUUUUGAAUGCCACCCUUCAGCACGGGAAGACAGUCAAAACUGAUUGACCAUUUGUUUUUAGGGUAGAGAGUAUUUGAAGCAGCAAAGAGUAGUUUUCAAGGUCUCUUUGAGUUCUUCAAAGAAGGGAUGCUUAAGCAAAUUUUGUAACUCAUUUGGCAAUGUUUUAUUUGUUACUUACAACCUUCUAGAGAUAAAUUUA